AUGGCCUUUCUACUACCACCCUCGGUCAAGCAGCGCCUUCUGCGCUUCGCCCUCUCCAAAGUCGACCUUAUCGACGACACGGCCAUCGACCUGGACAAGUUCAACUUCAGCUGGGGCAGGACCAGCGUGAUUACCUUGCCCAAGGUCCCGCUCAAGGCUGCGAAACUAACCUCCUUCCUGCCGCUGCCGCCCAACUUUCAAGUUGGCGAGGCCUACGUGAAUGACCUCCGCAUCACCGUCCCCGCCAACCUGCAGGGCGUGUCCAUAGAUACUUCCGGCAUCGUCGUCAAGGGGAAAUUAUCACAGGACGGCGAUGAGGAUGCGAGCCAUACGAGGCACACGUCCGCUAAAGGCACCGGCUCAGACGCUAUACCAACCGCCGAAGAUCUGGCAAAGUCGUUCAUACAGGAAGAGUCGGCCGAGGAAAGGAGACAGCUCGAAGCUGCCAUCCACUCCCAGUCGCAGCAUCUACACCAGGACCCCUUCACCGGAUCGAGCGUGUACAGCGACGAUGUCGAUGAGUCGGAGCUGGGUAUGGGUGUCGGCUUGACUGUGCCAGACUAUCUGACCAACUACCUUCAUCUCAUGGAGGAUACCGUGCAGCUCUCCGUUGGCGAUAUCGAGCUUCAUGUGGAGACCGAAAUCCCUUCCGAGGGCUGGGAAGAUGACGAACCCGUUCAGGCAGACCUUGUUAUCCACAUCGGAGGCAUCGAGGUUGAGGGACUGACUGUGGGUGGGCCUGAGGCGCCAUUUUCGCCUGAGCAGCAGUCGCAGACAAGGCCGGGAAAACGCAAGAUCACUCUGAAAGCAUUAUCCGCUGGGGUUCUUCUGGACGAACAGAGCAUGGCGAGGAGCAGGAUCGCGUCGUCGCUUGCUGCGUCUUCAACCGCGAGUAGGAUUGCCCGGUCUGAUUCAAUCAGCCACUCUGCUCAUGCGGCGGAAAACCCGGUCGCCGCAAGCCCGGUUACCACAAGUCCGGUCGCCACAAGUCCGGUCGCCACAAGUCCGGUGGUCGCCACAAUGUCUCCAGCCCCGCGAAGUCGCUCGCCGUCAGCCACAUCUGGAUCACUACCUUCCCCGCAGUCCAGCCAACAAUUCCCAGAUAUGGCUGCAUCGAUCAUGACGACAGAUGCGGAUAGGUUCGCUGAUGCUGAAGAUGAGGACCAUGCUCCCGCCAACCCAAGCAUGACUUCGUCGGCAACAUCUGGUGAUUUUGGCCAGCAAAGCUUGUAUGGUGAUGAGUCGAUCCUCCAAUUCGGCGUGGACAAUGGCGUCUUUGAUACAAAUAUCGAAGGAGAAGAAAGCCCUGUUCAGAGCCGCGGGAGCUUGUAUGGCCUGGAACGAUCAAAUGCGGGUGCACAUCAAGCACGUGCUGUCUUCUCUGGUAGCAAUUCACUGCCUGGUCGGCUUCCAGAUGACCAUGGACAAAUUCAAGUCGACAACGAUGGAAGCUACACGUCCAAGUCUCAGCCUAUGCCCGAGCAUGUGCGUUCAGAUUCUCAUGCAGGACAUCGCGACGAGAAUGUUGCGAUCCACAGUCCUCCGAGCCCCGAGAACACUAGCACAUCCGAUCGCUCAACAAGCACGUCCCCUUCACCAGCAUCCUCCUCGCAAGGUGAUCUUGCGGAGUCAAAACUGUUCAGCCACGAAGAGGCCGAGAGCAUGUAUAUGAGCGCAAUCGAUGAUGGGUCUUCUCAAUCAAGCAGAUCCUUCCAUAUGCCCGGCGCGUGGGACACUUCAAGUGUGACCAGCAAUGACUCGGAUCGCAUUUAUCAACCGCCAACCUCGGCCGCCCCUGCCUCUCUUGACCCGAUUGUCGAAAGAGACGACGGUUGCGAGACCCCUAGGCCUGGCAGCCGCAUUGGCGCUGAUCCGGCCACGCCUAGCGAAGGUAAGGACGAUCUGUCUACGAAGGCUUUCGUUCCGCUCUUGGAUAUUGAUACCAUUUCCGCGUGGGUACCCGGUCACCAAACUGCUCAGGACGUUGAUCAUGCGGACCCACUUGAAUAUUCCGAUCAACCAAGUCGCUCCAAAGUCGCCUUCGCGGACGAUUCUAUCUUUCACGAUGUGCCUGGUGCCUUCUCACAAUACGCGGCAUCUACUGCAAGGUCUAGACCGUCAGCUAGUAUCAUGCGUGAGUCGCGUAGAUUACCCACUCAGCAUCGAUCGGCAAUGCCCAGUGCGGAAGCACCGAAGAACAACGGAGCGGAGCGGUCGAGCCACGAGAUCGAGGUUUCAGUCGGCAAUGUACGGCUUCAAGUAGACGUAGAGACCGUACACCUGGCCAUGCGUCUCGUUAAGUUAAUCCAGCAAGUGUUCGGAGCCUCCUCUGCGGUGGAUACUCCCAAAGAGCCCUCCAAGGGUGCUAGAAUCACAGGGGAUGAGGCCGAGUCGGACCCUGGCGGGAUUGCACUCAAGUUCAGUAUGGAGAGUCUACGGAUUGCUCUGCUCAAAGAGGUCUCAAGCCAAAGCGUGGCCACCAACAAACCUAUGGGUGCCCUGCGUCACGCUGAGUGGGAUUCGAAUGAAAUCUUCCUGCAGUUGCAAGGCCGGGAUCUCAGCGCUACGUGCGAGACCAAACGCGGUUCUCCGAGGGCAAAUCUGAAAAUAGGGACCUUCUCGCUCGGAUUCAAUGAUGGCGACAUUCUCAGUUUCCGGCCGGGAACAGGAUUAGAUGAGACGACUAUGGAUAUCACCAAGCCUAUCGAAACCGACAUCUCAGUUGCCUACAGACACGAGAGUGGAGACCAGCGCAUUGAAGUGUCAACCCUGCCAAUCAAUGUUUCCUUGGAUGUUCAAAAGUUGGAUGACACAUUUGCUUCCUACGGCGGCUUCAGCGGAGUCCUGAAGAUUGGCAAUCACAUCAAGUCGACAUGCAUUCUACCACCGCCUACAUCUAAGAACCAACCCACACCUAAAGUUGUCCCCGAUGCCGAAGUAGAAGCACCAUUCCCAAAGGUUGACGCACGCUUCGCGGGCCUCAACUUUGCGCUUCAAGGAGAGACAUGCAGUUUGCUGCUGGAAACCAGCACUAUUCGCACGUCUGUACGCAAAGGUGGCGUCCGACUCAGCAUCAAACAUACAAAGGUGACGGGUCCUCAUAUGACUAGUUCGGCAGUGUUGUCAAACAAGCCUCCACUAGACGUUGAGAUUGAUGGUGUCCGCCUGGACUACGCUUUCAUCCCGGCAGAGGCUGAUUUGUCUGACCUCCUUUCGCUGAUCACUCCAACCGACUUCAAAUACGAGGCUGACGACGAUAUCCUCAUCGAUACACUGCUGUCUCAAAGACGGAAGGGUUCGUUGGUAAAGGUCAGAGUUCAAAACUCUGUACGGCUCGCUAUCUCCGACCUGGAUGGGUUGAAGCAGCUUGAGGCGCUCGGACAAGAUGUUUCCAAGCUGUCCAGUGUCGCUAAGCUUCUGCCGGAUGAUGAGCGUCCUGGGAUUCUUGCCAUGAUUGAGCUGGCCGACUGCAAGAUCGAUGUCAUGGUAAAUGACCGGAUCGGGCAGCUCACUCUGCACUGCAGUCAAGUGCGCGUCGCUCACGUUGGCUUACCCGCUUUACUUGCACUUUCAGUUAGAAAAAUCGAAGCUGAGCGUAAUGGCUCGGAGUUGGUGGUGACCGAGGUUACUGAAGUCGAUGGCCGAGAAGCUACUGUACCAAUGAUCAUGGCACGCUGGCUGGGAGACGACAUGGAACCCACCCUAAAAGUCAAGCUGUUCAACCUUGUCCUUGACUAUCGGGUCACCACCAUCAUGGCUCUAUUGGACCUCUCAGAAGACUGCACAGCAGAUGAUGUAGCCCUCGGCAUGGCCUCCUCCGUUGCAACGAUUAAGCGGGCACCAUCACCUGAGAUUACGAGACAGUCGUCCACUGCCAGUGAGAAAACGGGGCCACCAUCUCGACCAAUGAACCUUGACUUACUCUUGCGUGACUGCGCGAUCGGCCUGAAUCCUCACAAGAGCCGUGCAAAGGCUCUCCUCGUCCUCUCCGACACCCGGUUCACUGGAUCCCUCGUCCAGGAUGAGGCAAUGACGGCCUGUCUUGAUGUAAGAAAAGCGUCUCUUCUGGUGAUCGAUGAUGUGGACCGCCUGCAAAUAGACGAAACAGAGGAUGCGAGGCCUUCACAUGCAGAACUCGGGACCCCUCAAGUUCACAGUCUCUGUCGCUGGGGCUUUGUCUCGGUUGGGACCACAUCCAAAGCCAGAGCCAUUGUCAAGAUUACCGAGACGGCUGGAGACGGACCCCGGGCAGUGGAUGUGGAGUUCAAGAACGACCUCUUCGUCAUGGGCAGUUGCGCCGAUUCGACGCAGACCCUUAUCUCAGUCUUAGGCGGGCUAGCGCCACCGCAGCCGCCUUCCAAGGAAAUCCAGUACAGGACAAAGGUUGAGCCGGUCAUGGACAUGAUGGCUUCCCUCGUUGGAGACAAUUUCAAGGCUCCUGCAGGAGAGCAUCUCCAUCAGGAUCAAGAGAUCGUAGUCGACGAUGACGACCAAGACCUUCAUUUCGCAGGCAGCCUCUACGAUCCCAGUCACUUGCCACUGCUUGACGAUAUGACUGAAGAAUCAAUUGAGGAAUCCAUGAUUCAGUCUCAGGAGAGAAGUGAUCCUGGAGAGCCUACAGAGGAGCUCCAAUGGGAUGAGGACUUCUUCGGACAAUCAUCGCCAGAUCGUCCAGCUGCUCAAGCUUGGAACUCUCGCAAGAACGAGUAUAUCGAGUCUAGUGAAGUUCCAGUAGUCAAGAGUCCGCUGACGUUGCGGGUGAAGGAUGUUCACUUCAUUUGGAACUUGUACGAUGGCUACGAUUGGCCGAGGACACGCGAGAAGCUUGGCCAGAAGCUUGAGGAGGUGCAGCAGCGUGCGCAGGAGAGACGCGAGAGGGGCUACGACGAAGACGACGGCAUGUCCAUCGAGGAAGAUCUGCUCUUCGGCUCGGUUUACAUUGCUCUCCCUGUCAACAACACGCCAGAGGAGAAUCGGAGGCAGAUCAACCGUGCAAUGAGAGGUGGUGACGAUACCGCUAGCGAAACCAGCUACGCCACGACCACUGCAUCACGGGCAACUGCACGCCCACGCUCAAGAGGCAUGCGUCUGAAGCUUGAAAGGGGUCGCCGUCCCAAGAUCACCUUUGAACUGAAGGGCAUCUCUGCUGAUGUUGUGGUUUUUCCUCCGGGCUCCGGAGAAACACAGAACUCUGUUGACGUUCGUGUUGGUGACCUUGAGGUCAACGAUCAUGUCCCUUCUUCCACUUGGAAUAAAUUCGUCACUUACGACAUGAGCGCUGGAGAACGGCCCCUCGGCUCGCCCAUGAUCCACCUCGAUAUGCUGACUGUGCGGCCCGUGGUCAAUCUGGCCGCAUCGGAACUUGUGAUUCGCGUCUCGGUACUUCCCCUACGGCUGCAUGUCGAUCAGGAUGCGCUCGACUUCAUCACUCGCUUCUUUGAGUUCAAGGACGAUAGAGUCGUUUCCAAAGAGGCACCUGGAGAACAGCCUUUCAUUCAACGUCUCGAAGUGCGAACGGUCAAGUUGAAGCUUGAUUACAAACCUAAGAAGGUUGACUAUGCCGGCCUCCGCUCUGGCCACACGACAGAGUUCAUGAAUUUCUUGAUCCUGGACUGCGCAAACAUCACACUCAGGCGAUGCAUCGUCUAUGGAAUUUCGGGCUUCGACAAGAUCCACAACACUUUGAACGACAUCUGGAUGCCUGAUGUCAAGAGCAACCAGAUUCCUCAAAUCAUGGCAGGCCUCGCUAUAGCUCGCCCGGCUGCAAAUGUUAUGAACGCUGCGAAGAGUAUCGUUACUGUUCCCAUGGCACAAUACAGUAGGGAUGGACGUAUACUACGCAGCGCGCAGAUGGGCGCGGUUGCAUUCGCCAAAAACACUACGACAGAGCUUCUGCGCCUUGGUGCGAAGAUUUCUAUUGGCACCCAAGCCAUGAUGCAGACCGCCGAAGGCAUCCUCUCACCCGUCUCCCCAUCUGCUGCAUCGUCGACUGCGCAACAGGAUGACGGCAACUGGCACGAUGUUUCGUCAUCCGGUGCCUCGCCAGCGGAAGGGCCCAAGGCUUUCUCUCACUACGCAGACCAGCCCAUUGGCGUGCGAGCCGGACUGAUCAGCGCACGUCGCCACCUUCAACAGGACUUCGCCUCAGCCCGUGACGCCAUCAUCGCCAUCCCGGGCGAAGUCAUGGACAGUGGCAGCGCAACCGGCGCGGCUAAGGCCGUCGUGCGCCACGCUCCGGUCGUGAUGCUGCGCCCUUUCACUGGAGUCGCCAAAGCGACCGGGGCGACCCUGUUCGGUGCUGCGAACGCGCUUGAUCCGGAGAGCGCGAGGAAGAGGGAUGAGAAGUACAAACGUCACUAA